AUGGCUGCCAACCUACCGCGUCUCCCCGUCCUCCUCUUCAUCUUCCUCGACGUCCAUGUCCCCUCCACCCAUGGCGACCCUCCUCUUCCGAGCACUUACGACGUCUCCAUGUGCUCGGAAUCCACCUGGUGCGGCAGCAACGAAAUCCGCUACCCGUUCUAUCUUGCCAACGCAACUGAAGCAACCGCCGAUCACAGCGGGAACUACUCUUGCAGCUACAUCGACUUGAGCAUUUCCUGCAAACUCGAGGGGCAGGCCUUGAUCCCUACCAUCCGUCUCGGCGGCGACGACUACACCGUCGAGAACAUCUCCUACAACUACAACGAUGGGACCAUCAUACCGGUGGACAACGACGUGUUCGUCGGCGGCAGCUGCCCCGCAAUCAGCCACAACGUCACCUUCGACGAGACAUGGCUGCAUAACACCAGCUCCAACGGCAACCUCACCUUCUUCUUCGGCUGCGACCUACACGAUCCCGUGGCGCAUGAAUUUGACGCAUUCAAAAUCAUAUGCGCGGGGUUCAAGAGUCCGCCAGAUGCUGCCCCAGGAGAUCGAGACUCCUUCGUGCUCACGUAG